UAUUUCCUAGAUAUAUAUUUGUUUCCACGUAUAAACAUCACAAUAACAAGAGAAGCCUUUUAAUUAACAAUGAUGAUACAGGAUCGUGUCAGGAACGAAGUCAAUACUGUCUUGCAAGAGAAUGAGCAAAAGUUUACUAUGAACUUAUUGCAAGACCUACCAUAUUUGGAGAGAUGUAUAAAGGAAGCAUUGCGCUUAUAUCCUAGCGCAUUUGGAAUAUCACGAAUUGCUGGGGAAGACGUAAAAUUACAGUCAUAUUUGGUACCUGCUGGAACAUUCUUGCAUCUUAAUAUUUACGGAGUCCACAGAGAUCCCAAUUUUUGGUCAAAUCCAGAAGUAUUUGACCCUGAUAGAUUUUUGCCUGAAAAGAUCCGACAUCGUCAUCCUUAUUCGUAUUUACCAUUCAGUGCAGGACCACGUAACUGCAUCGGUCAACGAUUUGCUAUGCUGGAAAUGAAGGCGAUGAUAGCUCUUCUGGUACACAAUUUCUACUUGGAACCCAUCGAUUAUUUAAAGAACUUUCGGCCGAAGGUUGAUUUGGUACUUCGCCCUGCUCAGCCACAUCGUGUAAAAUUUAUCCCUGUCUGUAAAACGAAUUUAAGCCUUUGAAGCAAAUACCGAGUUAAUGAACAUCAUAGAAGACAAAGGAAAUGUUUUAUUUGCUUACAAAAUGAUUGUCAAUAGCGUCGUAAUAGUAACACUUUGCACACGUGUCAUUAUCGGUACAACAUUGAAAUAUAAAAGAAAUGUAACAAAUAUAAAAUAUAUAUUAAAUAAACAAU